AAAAUGAUAUAUAAAGAGAGAGGAUAUUUGAAAUCACAGACUCUCUUAAUAUUUGAUACAAAGUUUAAUCAAGACAGAUGGAUACCGUAAAAAUACUUGUUAUCUUCUUUGCAGGAGUGGGAAUGGUUGCAUCAGACAAGAAAAUGGACUUAAAGUCAGUCCUUCUUCAAAUAUUAAAUAACGUGAAAACAAGUGGAUAUUCUAGCACACUUUCCGAAUCCAACCUCGCUAACUCAGACAAUUUGAAAAAGUCUGAAACUGUUGACAAAACAUCAGGUCUUAUUGCAGAUGAUUCUUUCAGCUCUAAUGAACUGAAUGACGACCAAAAGGGUAUCAUUAAUGAUGCGACUAAAGAUAUUUUCGAUGAAAUACACAGAUUGAAAGCAAAGUACGGAUAUUUACUGACAAGUAGUAAUGACAAGAAUGGUGCUUUAAUCAAUCUGAAAUAUUCUGAAAAUGCUGAUGAUGAUUAUCUGGAUGCUAAUACAAACAUAGACGACAAAGAUAAAGAAUAUGCCGCGUUAGUCAAGAAAAUGAAUGACGCAGCAAAAACUCUUCUUCUUUUACGUGCAAAGCUUGCAACGGAAUAUAAAAUCAAGGAAGAAGAAUUGCAAAUGAAUGAAGAUGAAGAAAAGGUGAAGACAAAGACACAAGAGAAAUGGUCAAAAGUCGACCGUCUUAUGACAAUCCUGACUAGCAUUGAAUCAUUUAUGGAAAAAGACGGGGAAAACAAGCAAAAUGAAGAGAGAGCGCUAGAUCACGAUGAUGAAAUGUUAAAACUGAUUGCUUUUGAAACGCUUCAAAAUAAGAAUCAAAUAGCAACAGAAAAUGCAGGUUAUGGUGGUGAGACGCAGACAAAAGAUAAGCUAACUAGUAACGGAUUGUUCAAAGAAAAACCAUCUGAGAGGGACUGGCAUAGCAAAAGUUGCGCCAGAUUUAAAGCGCCGUGUCUUGGCUGGUUCCAAGAUUGCUGUGAAUAUGGCCAAAUACGCAAAAUAGAUUUCAAAAUGUGUUGCAGCUUCAGCAAUAAUAACUUGAAAGGAAAGGAUAACUUAUCUGGUAUUUGCAUACCGAAUCCUUACGGAAAUGGAGAAUGUGUGAAACAAAGGCCAUCAGCUUAAAUUGUGCUUACAAGUAACAAUUGAAUGGAUAUACAUGUAAAUACAUUAUAGUUACAAACGGAUUUUGACUAAUGCACAUAGUCACAUCAAGAUUUUAUUGAAAGCUUGUAUAUAACAUAUACUUCUUUCCUUGUCUUGAUGUUCUGUAUAUAGCAGUGUGUUUAUGCGGAGUAUGGAAAAUAUUUAAGCACAAUGGCAGUUCUGCAUGUCAUCCAAUUUUUUCUGGGGGUCAAAAUGGAAAGAAAAUGAAUAUACACAAAAUCACUUUUUAUUCAAUAUAUAUUUUUGGAUGUCUUUAUUGCUAUUAUAUAUGUAUAUAUAAUAUUAUACUGAAGCCAUCUUGAUCAUAAAUAGUGAAUAUAUCUGAAUUGUUGUUACCAGAACCAGUUAGACUGCUUUAUUUAUUUAUUCAAAUAUGUACCUAAAAUGAACUGUCUAUAUUACAUUUCCGUAAAAUAUAAAAAUAUCAGGGCGCUGCAAAGAAUCAUAUUUUAAACCGGUAGAAUUACUCGUGUUUUCCUAUAUAUUUUUAUUCAUAUAACGAUUUCCAGUCUCCUUCUAUAUCGUCUGUAAGGUCUCCUGUACAACAAAAAGCAAACCAAUGAAACAUGGGGUCGGUUACGAGCAAGACACACUUGAUAUGCCAUUAUUUCUUUUUUCGUAUAUAUACUAUAUGAUUACGUCUGUCCGCUUAGCUCAAUGGCGAAAACACAACUUUAUAACAAGGGGUCACUGAUUUGAUACUCGGUCAAGGCGAAGUUUCUUCGCAACAAAUGAUCUUGGACAUGACAUUGAGUAGAACGGACAUUUGUUUAAUGGCCAUUUAAUUUGUCUGUUAUCGCUGAUUCAGAGAUCAUGUUGUAUUUUUUGCUUUUGGUCACUUUUUGAGAAAUUGGUACAAAUUGGUUUUUUCUGGCUUACUCUUUCUUGUUUUUCGCUUAUAUAUGACGUCGUUGUUUAUUAACUUUGCUAUAUGUGAAUAUUGUCAUUGUUAUUUUCAAAAUUGUUUAAAUUUUGUUUU